UCAUUAACGCCUACAGCACUCAGGGUGCAUCACCGCACACCCCGCUGUAGGCUCGGCGAGCUGUCCUGUGUUCAUUGGAAACCGCUGGGGCUGCCAAGGUCAGGGCUGCUGGGCUCAGCCGUGUGCCGAUGGAAGGGACAGAGGCCCGACAGCGGAGGCUGGAAGGCUGUGGCAGGCCAAAGGAGCUGGGGCCAUCACCCAACCACCGUACAGGAAGACUCCCAGAGGCUUCCGAAGAUGGACAUCAGGAGGUCUCUGAGAGCCAAAGUGUGGACCCCAAAUCACUGGAGGCUGAGAGCAGCAGGGAGGGUGCCCUGAUCAUUGGCCUUCAGGUGCUAAUACCCUUCCUGCUCGCAGGCCUGGGGCUAUCCUGGGCUGGCUUGCUUCUGAACUAUUUCCAGCACUGGGCAGUGUUCCAGGAGGUUAAAGACCUGCUGACGUUGGUGCCGCCCCUGGUGGGCCUGAAGGGAAACCUGGAGAUGACGCUGGCGUCUCGACUCUCUACAUCUGCCAACACCGGGCAAAUCGAUGAUCGCCAGGAGAGGUACAAAAUCAUCAGCAGCAACCUGGCUGUGGUUCAGGUGCAGGCCACUGUCGUGGGGCUCCUGGCUGCACUGGCCUCCAUGCUGCUGGGUGCAGUGUCUCGAGAACAGUUGGAGUGGACUAAAGUGGCAUUGCUGUGCAUGAGCAGCGUCAUCACUGCCUUUCUUGCGGCCUUGGCCCUAGGAAUUCUAAUGACCUGCAUAGUGGUUGGUGCUCGGAAGUUUGGCAUCAACCCUGAUAACAUCGCCACACCCAUCGCAGCCAGCCUGGGAGACCUCAUCACACUAUCCAUCUUGGCCCUGAUAAGCAGCUUCUUCUACAGACACAGAGACACAUGGUAUCUGACACCACUGGUCUGCAUUGGCUUCAUGGCUCUCACCCCUCUGUGGAUCUUCAUUGCCAAGCAGAACCCGCCCGUCAUGAAAAUCCUGAAGUAUGGGUGGUUCCCCAUCAUCCUGGCUAUGGUCAUCAGCAGUUUUGGAGGCCUCAUCUUAAGCAGAACCAUUUCUAAACAUCAGUUUAAAGGCAUGGCUGUCCUGACUCCCGUCAUAUGUGGUGUUGGUGGCAACCUGGUGGCCAUUCAGACCAGCCGCAUCUCCACCUUCCUGCACAUGUGGAGCACACCUGGGGUCCUCCCUGUCCAGAUGAAAAGAUUCUGGCCUAACCCAUGCUCCACUUUCUGCUCCUCAGAAAUCAACUCCGUAUCAGCUCGAGUCCUGCUCUUUCUGGUGAUCCCAGGACAUCUGAUUUUCUUCUUCCUCAUCUGCCUGGUGGAAGGCCAGUCAGUGACAAGCAGCAAGAUCUUCCUGGUGCUUUACCUGGUGGCAGGCAUGUUCCAGGUGAUAAUCCUGCUGUACCUGGCAGAAGUGAUGGUUCGACUGACCUGGCACCAGGCCCUGGAUCCUGACAACCACUGUAUCCCAUACCUCACAGGCCUGGGGGACCUGCUGGGCACCAGCCUCCUGGCACUUUGCUUCCUCCUGGACUGGCUAAUGAGGGGCAGAGCUGAUUUUGCAGAUCUGGUUUCAGAGCUGGUUUCUGCACCUCCCUGACCGAGGCUGCCACCUGCAGGCCUCCGUGGGACUUUUCCCUCAUGUCCACAGUGUCCAGCAGGCUAUUCCUCCUGCUGGGGCCUCGAGCUGCUAGAUAUCUGCCUGGGCAGUGGCCUCAUCAGUCUGCCAAGGAGACUAGCACACACCUUGAUUCUGAAGUUGGUAGCUAAACCUGAGGUGGAGCCCUGACAUCAAGAACUCUGCCUGUGAGUGUGAGUGUAUGUGUGUGUAGGGCAGGCUGUUCCAACCUGAAGAUGCUGAGGAAGAAGCCCGUCAGUGCAAUCUGGAAUGCAUGGAGCAGGAUGGAGCUCCUCUGUGUCCCUAGCUCUCGGGACUACCCAUGCCCUGACUGUGCUGCCAUCACUGGACUCAGCUCCCUGGACCCACACUACUAGUGCCCUGGGCCCAGUGACCGUGCACCUUCACCCAGGCAGGCCCUGCGUACCCCUCAUCUAUACCCCAGCAUUUAAUCUUGUGGCUGCUUUCUUUUUAUCCCCCCUUCUUUUCAUAGCAGAGCCCUCUAUUUAGGUUCUGGUGAUCAAGAGAUGUAUAAUAAAGCAUAGCUGACAUUGCA